UGACUUUUUUCCUAUGAUUUGUCAACAGUCAUAGUUCUAUGUGGACGCAUUUUUGUAUUAAAAUGAAUUAAAUACCAGAAAUGCUUUUUCAUUUUUAGAACGAAGCUGCAUGUGUUGACUCAAAAUUAAAAUGCAACAGAAAUGCUUCCAUAUAGAACCGCAUACACCCACAAAACGAAAACGGCCACUACAAAAGUUAGAGGUCACAAACAAAAUACGUAAAAUGAAACAGUUAAAUGAAAAGUUCUGUUAAAAGAGUAUUAGAAAAAAUGAAGGUUUAUAUAAAGGUCUUUAAAAAAAUCACACAGCGCCUGCAUUUGUGCAAUGUCAUGAAAUCAGUGAAUUGUCUAACCAAACUCCUGGGAGCCUGGAGCUACAAAUACUCACUACUUGUUCUAUUUCUAUAUUUGACUUCAUUAUUAGCCCCUUCAGGCACCCAAAAGCUAAAGAAAACUCUACAAAACUUCACAUACACAGUACAAAAAAAACAAAAAGACACGUAAAUCUGCGUUUUGAUGCCAUGUCAGCUGUUCACAAUUACUUCUCCAAAUUAAAUUAGAAGUCUCGGGGGGGAAAGAAGCUGCUUUACGGAGCGUCAAGACGACACAAAGGGAGUAAGAAAGCCUGCGGGUGCAGAGGAUUUAAAUCUUUCUUGACAAAUUUCUGAUCUGCUUCAAAACUUUACCUGAAGAACCCUUUUCAGGAUUUUGCCAUCAUGUCUCGCUUGGAGCUCCUGAUGGGACUUCUGUGCUGCUUACCUCUGGCAGCGUGUCUGCGGUGCUACAGCUGCGUGUUUCCAGCCAUCUCGCCUCUGGACUGCCUGGAGUUUCCUCUGGAGUGUCCUGCCGGGCAGCGCUGCCUCUCCAGUGAGGCCUCAGGGCAUCAAGGUCCCAUUUACCUGACCAUCUAUGAGAAGAGCUGUGCUAAUCCGUCCCAGUGCGGUCGGUCUGGACAGAAAUACUCGGCCGGGGUGGUCUUCAACUACACCAACGACUGCUGCGACACGGACCUGUGCAACGGGGCCGGACCUGCUGCCGCCGCCCUCGCCUGGGGGGUCUGGCUGCUGGCUGCCGUCGCCCUCCUGCUGCCCUGAAGGACCACGCCUUAAAAAGCCUCAGAUGAAGGAAAAAAAAUUAAUGGAUGUAUUCUUUAUUUUACCAUUAAAAUGAUCCCAUCAUGCACUGCAAAUCAGAUCAAAUCAAAGGUUCAAACAGUUAUCAUGCAAACGCUUUAUGGUGCUACUGUAUAGAUCAUUAUUCUAAAUGUUGAAAUUAGAAAUUACAAAUACAAUCAUAUUUUCUGGCUUCUAUUAAAAUGUAAACUUUGUGUUUGUGCUUUUUUUUUGUGGAAAUGAAAUAGUCGAGAGAAGAGUUUAUUAACAUUUUAUUGGGACAUUAAUAGAUCAAAGAACUUUUUAGUACAAAAAAACAUCUCAGAAGUGCUAAUAGCUUGAUUGUCUUCAUCUGUGAGUCCAGCCCCUGCUGGGAUGUUGUCGCUCUUUCAACAACAUGAUGUCAAAAGAAGAGAGGCAAAAAAAAAGAAGAAAUGAAAUGGAAUUAAUACAUAAAAAGAUCCCUCUACUUCUAUUCUAGACGAUAAAAAGUGAUUUUUUUUCUGUUUUUAAUGAAAAUUCAGACUUCAGAUCCCUUUUUAGAUUAAAUUACAUAAAGAAAAUGUUCCAAUCCACAUGAAAUCAGACGAGUUAAAUAUUCAAUCUCUUUCAUUAGCAAAGCUAACAACCAAUU